CUAUCAAAACCGGUGUAUUUUGCUGUUCAUAAUUUGGCGACCGGUGACAUUUUCAGUCGAGUCGUCCAACUUCGGACCAAUGCGUCUGUAACAUUUGCCCAGCAUUCGUGUGACUACCCAGCGCCUCGACACAACAAGGAAAUAGGAAACAGUUCUUAGGAUAAAGUGAGCGGUUGUCAACCUCAACUCCUGUCAUUGCUUUUUAUACCUGCAAAACAAAGAAGGACGGGUCAUUCACUUCUAUCAAACUUCGUGUCUUUUGGAAACAGGUUUCCUAGUUGGCGAUUCUUGGGCAGGACCGAGUAAGUUCUAUCAAAUUCGAUCGAAUUCGUCAAUAAAAUCGCAUCAACAAGGCGAUGAAUAGCAAUAUUUUCAAUAAUCCCAAUCUUUGCCAGCGAUUAAUGACGGUCAUUGCGAUCACCACACUAUUGUACAUGGCCGUCUGGCAUAUGCAGAGCCCAUUUUUUCAUUACAAUUCGAUUCAAAUCACCGACAAGGAAGACCAACGAAUAUUGAGGCAGAUUUCGCCAACUUGUAAUUGCAACGACAGAGAAACGGUCUCGGCAAGGCAACAGCAGUCACUUCAUCCGAAUACGCUCCAGUGGUGCAGUUCCCAAUCUUCGCAACGCGGUACGCACCAAAAUGUCAUCGCCUACACGAUUUUCGGCAACGUGACGGAGCUCUACUAUUCGUUGCUAACGAACAUCUCGUCAACGGCGCAGAAAUUCUAUCCAGGAUGGAUCGUCCGCAUCUACCACAAUUUCCGCAAUCAAUCGGUGGAGGCGCAUCGACAGUUGUGCAACGUUUACUGCCAAUUCCGCAACGUCGACCUGUGCAGCGUUCCACAGUUAAUCGAACGCAUUCGCAACACAACCGAAAACAAUCAGCUGGAGCGUAUCGAGGCCGGCCUUCUUGAACGGCUGAAUCUCAGAAUGUUUCGUUAUCUGGUGGCGUUCGAUCCGAAUGUCGACAUUUUCAUUUCACGCGACGUGGACAGCAUCAUUUGGCAGAGGGAAGUGGACGCCGUUGAGCAAUGGCUUCAAUCCAACUACACCUUCCACGUGAUGAGGGAUCACAAUCAACAUUCCGUUGUCAUGUUGGCGGGGAUGUGGGGAGCAAAACUGUAUCAGCGAAGGGAUCUUAUGGUAGGAAUGAUGAGGGCCAUCAUCUCUGCCGGUCAGGAUCAAGUCAAGAUCACUGAUCAAGUCACGUUGAGGAACAUUGUCUGGCCUUCUGCCCAGUACGACGCGAUGGUUCACGACAGUUACCACUGCCAGAAUUCGGUUUUCAUGGCGAAAACCUUGCCAAUGAGAGUCUACCCGUUUCCGACGCAACGUCGAGACGGACAUUUCGUAGGAGGUGUCGGCCAGCAAAAGAAUCCGGCAAAGUGUCCUGAAGCGUGUCGACCGCCAGAUCACAAAGAUUGGGAAUACUGCUAAACAUGUUAACGUCUUCAUUUCUAUCUUGUUAUGCUUUGAUGCGGAUGAGUGAAGCCCAGUGGGCCUUGAAAAUAUCUAUCAAACUACGACAUGUGGAAUUUGUAAGCAUUAUUGUAUACAAACAAAAAACGUA